AUGCAGCAACAGGUACACGAGACACAGGUGUGGUCGUCACAAGAGGAACACAAGGUACACACGAGACACAGGCGUGGUCGUCACAAGAGGAACACAAGGUGUUUACGAGACUCCAGUGUGGAGUCGUCUGAAAGACACAAAGGUGUGGUACGUCACAAAGAGGAACACAAGGUACACGAGACACAGGUGUGGUCGUCACAAGAGGAACACAAGGUACACGAGACUCAGGUGUGGUCGUCACAAGAGGAACACAAGGUGCACGAGACUCAGGUGUGGUCGUCACAAGAGGAACACAAGGUACACGAGACUCAGGUGUGGUCGUCACAAGAGGAACACAAGGUGUGGUCGUCACAAGAGGAACACAAGGUACACGAGACUCAGGUGUGGUCGUCACAAGAGGAACACAAGGUACACGAGACUCAGAUGUGGUCGUCACAAGAGGAACACAAGGUACACGCGACUCAGGUGUGGUCGUCACAAGAGGAACACAAGGUGCACGAGACUCAGGUGUGGUCGUCACAAGAGGAACAUAAGGUACACGAGACACUGGGUGUGGUCGUCAAGAGAACACAAGGUACACGGACGCUCAGGUGUGGUCGUCACAAAGAGGAACACAAAAUUUGA